GGAGGGGGUGGCUCCCUUCUCCUGGCACGCCCGACCGCUCGCCGUCAAACAAGCAACUCGCAACUCGCGCCCUGUGGCUGAGGGGGCCGUCGAUUUGGGAUUGGCCCAGGAAACACGCUCCGCUGAAUUCUGGCUGGGCACGAUUCCUCGCUCCAAGCGAAAGGCAUCCCAGUCCCUGCACCGUCACGACCUCACCUUCUUCGCCAGGCUCGCCGUCCACGGGUCCCAGGUCAUGAUCGCCUCUAUUAUUACCCCUACCGCGCCGCUUGACCCUCCGCAGCCCGCCGCCUGCCCAGAGCUUUUCGAUGACCGCUCUCCCCGCGGCGUGGCAUCCUGAACAGAGCGCCUGCUGCCGUCUCGCCACGCAGUCCUCGCGCAGCCAUCAUGCAGGCCGCCGAACGUGCCCGCGAGCUCGAGCGCGUCUACCAGAGCCGGCGCGGCCAUGCGCCGCAGAUAUCCAUCAGCGACGACAACCACCACGUCACCGAGGCCAUUGGCGACAUGUACGGCCACGACGACGACUACACCGCGAAGCGCAGCUCGCGGCCCUUGAGCUUCAUCAGCUCCCCGCUUGGCGACAACCUCGAGACGCCGCCGUCGCCCUUUGACCCCUUUCCGACCGCACCCCCCAAAUCCCCCCUCCGCUCCCAGACGUCGUCGAGCGACAAUUCGUCGAACCCUACGAGCCCCAAUGGCAACCCAAGCAUACCGGCCAGAAGGUCGUCGUUUGGCCGCGGGAGCCCAAACGGCCCGCUGUCACCCCCCUUGACGCGGACAAACUCGGAUACUGCUACGCAGCAAUUCCCCCUCAACGAUCUGGACUACGAAUCAAGCCCUGCCGGCUUGGCGCAGGAGUUGAGCAACCUGCAGGCGAUACGCCGCAUGUCCAUGGACGUCAACAACUCGGACCCCGACCUGCCGUCCUUCAAGUCGUUUAACGUGCCCACCAUUGCUCCGCAGCACUUCUCCGAGGACGAGGACCCGUCGAAACUCUUCUGGGUUCCUGCACGCCUACACCCCGAACUCGCACCCAAGGAAUUCAAGACAUUUAUAGAGGAAAAGGUUGACUCGAUCAGACGACGCUCGGGCGACUCGGACACUUUAGCUCCCGAUGGAUCUCUUGAUCGCCAAAGCUCAGGCGGGGGUCUGCGGCGGAAGAAGUCAAUGCUCUCGAGGCAAAUUGAUAGCGGGAGCGGCUAUCGGGACGGCGCUGAACGACUAGAACGGAAACGAUCCGGUGCACAGCAAGUCAACGGACUACCCCAUUUGCAGGAGCUCGAGCAUAUCGUCGAGGACCCCGCGGCCCUGGUAAGGCGCAUGAGCAUAGACUCAGCACGAAGACACUCGGAGACAGACGGUGAAGUACCCAUGAACGAGGACAUGCCCAUCCUCCCUGCGAAGAUUGCCGGCCUAGGCACUCUGAAGCGAUCCACACGCACCAACUACAGACGAGGCAGUCUUCGCAAGGGAGAGCGGGUGCCCUUUUCGCGCCGGGCGGUAGCAGCGGGCCGAGCUGGGACCGACACUGAGGACUCACCCGCCGCCUCCCCCACCCAGGCCAAAGAGCCUGACUUUGUUAAUCUUGGCCUUAGUAGGGUGCAAUCUGAGCCAGCCCAUCCGCGACCUGAAACUCCCGAGAACUUCUCUCGUCCCACGCGGAAACGAUCACCGCCACUCAGCCAGCAGAGACCCGGCUCGUCCGAAGAUUUACACACGCCAGAUUCUUCCGGCUAUGGCGCAGAGGAGCGAAGGACCCCACAACCGGCAAAGCCGUUUCAUUCGCGGAUCGCAUCCAAUGGGCGCACGACAGCGCCUCUCCCAGGCUAUACGCCUCAGCAGGUGCCUCAGAUUAUCGAGACCCCGCCGCCAGAAUCGCAGCGGAAACCGCAAAUGCAGUUACCUGAGCGCAACUCGUCAAGAGGUCUGCCUCCGCCUGGUGCUCACCCGCAACCCCAGGGGCCCCGCCAGCCUCCACAGCCUCAUUCUCAACAACGCCCGCCGACAUCAGGCCGGCAGAAUCGCCACGCUCAGGCCGCCCAAUCCUCUCCCAUCAAGCCUGCGCAAAGCUUCGACGACCUCAUUUCACAUCCAUCCCCCCUUCCCGGCAAUAAUACGAGGAUAGAUUCCCUGUCCAUUAUUCCAAACCUGUCUGAGGAGAGGAAGCCGGAGAAGAAGUCAAAGGACAAGAAGGAGAGCUCCGAGGACAAGACGAGGAAAACAAGCUGGGGCUGGUUAUUAGGUGGUGAUGACAAAGAGAAGGAGCGAGACAAGAAAGAGAAGGAGGAGCGGGAAAAAGAACUUGCUAAAAAGGUGAAGAACAAGCUGAGCAAGACACAGGAGAAGAGUCAUGACGAUACAAGGCUCGACGUCCUGCAGACGUCUAUUCAGAGCGGACGUGGUCGGGAAAGUCUGGUCCUGGACCGGGAAAGUAUCAAGCUGGAGGAAGAGCGCAAGAAAGAGAGCACGAGGAAAUCUGCAGGUGGUGACGCAAAGAAGGAGAAGGAGUCUGGCCUGUUCUCGUCCAUAUUCGGAGGGGGCAAGAAGAAGGGCGAGAAAGAGUCACGCCGUGAGAAGGGGAGCUCUAUGCGCGGACUCUCACCGGAACCGCCGCCUCGGAUACUCAAGCCCGACAUUGACUACAACUGGACGCGCUUCUCGAUCCUGGAGGAGCGUGCCAUUUACCGCAUGGCCCACAUCAAACUUGCUAACCCCCGUCGGGAGUUGUACUCUCAAGUUCUGCUGAGCAACUUUAUGUACUCUUAUCUCGCCAAGGUCCAGCAAAUGCAUCCGCAGAUUCAAAUCGGCACUUCUGCGCAAGCGAAGCAGCAACAGCGCCAGGCGGCGCAACAGAAGAAGGACCAGCCAGAGGAGUUUACUCAGUACCAGCGGUACCAGCAGCAACAAGAGCAGACAGAAAAGGGAAGCCAGUCGGGCAACAGCUACCAGCAAGAGAACGCCGGCUCGGAGCCUACGCUCGACGAUGACCAGCGACAACAGCAGUAUCGCCCAGAUUCGCGCGCUAAUCAGCGCGACCCCCGAGAUUCGCAUCAUUCGAGCCACGGGAACACAAACGGCGGUUAUAGUGUUGCAAACAGUAAGAGCUACAUGGGGCAUUCAAAUAAGGGCUCGCAAGGGUAUUAUGGAUAUGAGGAUUCGGAUCAAAGCAGCAGGGAUGAUGAUAUGUGGUAACACGUAUGAAGAAAAGCGCUUGUUCGCGAUUACAGGAUCAUGGCGACACGCCGGCGACUGGGAUUGUUGGGAAUCAAGAGACUGACGAUUAUCACGCCUCGAGCGCAAGUCUACCCACCUACAUUUACCUUGUCACGCUUUCACUCUGUGGGCCGAAUGGACAUGUCGCCCAUCAAUUACUUACUGUUUUGUAUCAUAUAAUCUCUGUUUCUAUACUUUUCCCACUUUGGCGCGCGCUCUAUCUUGUUAGGUCAGCUAGGAGUAUGCAUCCGGGAACUGGGACUUGGGGGUUCGUCGGGCGUAUUGUAGCUAUGUAGAAGGGCAGGGCGCGCGGAAAAGGAACGUUGAUGGGAUGAUGACUCGGCAUUUAAUGUAGUUUGCACGCUAGCGGCUCGUACCUGCAUAUACCAGUCCCUUGGGAUGUUUCAUGAGGUGCACACUUCGGCAUCUUUUGCGCGGGA